ACAAAAAAAAAAAACUUAAAAAACGGGUGAGACAUGUUUCUAAAAUGUGAAACACAAAUUCAAAUAAGGUGUAACCGCAGCCGCCAAGUUACGUUGAACACAACCUUAGGUCUCUUCAUUCGGCGCCGUAUCUGUUGCCGGAGAAACUGUGAUGGCGCUUCGUUUUGAGAUUGUUGGUAGGUUUAACCGUGCUCGUGCCUCUCGAUUGACACUCCCUCAUUUUGUGUGCCAAACGCCUUUAUUCAUGCCAGUCGGCACGCAAGGAACCGUCAAAGGAUUGACAGCUAGCCAGCUUGAGGAUAUUGGUUGCCAAAUAAUACUUGGAAAUACUUAUCACUUGGAGCUUCGACCUACUUCCGACCUUCUUCACCAACUUAACGGUCUUCACAAUUUUAUGAAUUGGCCUCGGGCCAUGCUUACCGACUCCGGCGGCUUUCAAAUGGUUUCCCUCUUGCAUCUCGCCGAUAUCACUGAAAAAGGUGUCACAUUUCAGUCACCUGUAGACGGAAAGCCAAUGCUUCUAACACCUGAGGAAUCAAUUCAAAUACAAAAUAGAAUUGGAGCAGAUAUCAUAAUGGCUCUGGAUGAUGUUAUAAAGACCACCAUUACUGGUCCAAGAGUCGAGGAGGCUACCUAUCGAACACUUAGAUGGAUAGACAGAUGUAUAGCAGCUCACAAGAGGCCUCAUGAUCAGAACUUAUUUGGUAUUGUGCAAGGUGGUUUAGAUCCUGUCUUGAGGGAUAUUUGUGUUAAAGGUAUGGUGGAGCGCAAUUUGCCUGGCUAUGCUAUUGGCGGUCUUUCAGGCGGCGAAGAUAAAAAUUCAUUUUGGCGAGUUGUUGCUCAGUGCACUGCUGCUUUGCCAGAGGAUAAACCGCGAUAUGUUAUGGGAGUUGGUUAUCCACUUGACAUUGUUGUUUGUAGUGCUUUGGGUGCUGACAUGUAUGACUGCGUUUAUCCUACUCGUACAGCACGCUUUGGCACUGCUCUAGUUCCUGAGGGAGUGUUAAAACUAAAAAACAGAGACAUGGCUGAUGACACCCGCCCAAUUGAUCCUACUUGCCCCUGUAUGGUUUGCAAGAACUACACCAGGGCUUACAUCCAUUGUCUUGUGACAAAAGAUGCAAUGGGGUCUCAGCUUCUUUCAUAUCAUAAUUUAUAUCAUAUGAUGCAGCUUAGUAGGGAUCUCCACUCUUCAAUAGUUGAAGAAAGGUUCCCAAAGUUUGUAUGCGACUUUCUGCGCCGAAUGUUCCCAAAAGGUAAUGUUCCUGAAUGGGUCUGCGAUGCUAUGGAAGUGGCUGGAAUCGACAUUUCUUCCUGCUGUUCUCCACCUUCAUCAUGCCAAGAAAAUGAUUCCAAAUAUGUGUCAGAAUAAUUCAAUGACGGAUAGGCGGAUAUAGAAAUUAGUUUAGACUAAUGAUUUCUUGCAGCAUAAAUUUUGUAUCCUACUUUAUGCUGCUUAAGUAAAAAUUAGUAAAGGUCAGUAGUAAUUUAUGGUUCACCACUCACUUCUCAAGAUUAACAGAAUAGUCUUCAAUUUUCUUGUAUUAUUUUUGUUCAAUUCAAGGCACUGAAAUGUAUUAUCCAGAA